AUGGCGAUCCCAAGCGACGCUUCAUCUAUCACCGUUGCAGUCAGAGUGAGGCCUUUCACAAUCAGGGAGGCGGCACAGAUUUCAAAAUGUGAAGAUGGGCCCCUCUUCCUUGGAGAUGGCUCGUUGGCUGGAGCGCCAACACCAAAACUCAAUCAGAAGGGAAUUCGAUCGAUUAUCAAGGUUAUCGAUGAUAGGUGCCUAGUCUUCGACCCUCCGGAAGACAACCCCGUACAGAAGUUCUCGAAAAGUGUCGUCCCCAACGGCAAGCGCGUUAAAGACCAGACAUUCGCUUUCGACCGUAUCUUUGACCAGAAUGCCUCCCAAGGAGAGGUGUAUGAAGCGACAACACGCACGCUUCUUGACAGCGUUCUUGAUGGAUACAACGCCACAGUCUUCGCAUAUGGUGCGACCGGAUGUGGAAAAACCCAUACAAUUACGGGAACGGCCCAGCAACCUGGUAUAAUUUUUAUGACUAUGCAAGAGCUGUUUGAGCGUAUCGACGAAAGAUCGGGAGAGAAGGCGACAGAAAUUUCUCUCUCGUACCUAGAAAUCUACAAUGAAACUAUCCGUGACCUCCUCGUCCCUGGUGGCAGUAAAGGAGGCUUGAUGCUGCGGGAAGACUCAAAUAAAUCGGUUUCAGUGUCCGGCCUGUCCAGUCAUCACCCCCAAAGUGUACAGCAGGUGAUGGACAUGAUUAUGAAGGGUAACGAGUGUCGCACGAUGUCCCCGACAGAAGCCAACGCAACCUCUUCACGGUCACAUGCAGUUCUUCAAAUCAAUGUUGCCCAAAAGGAUCGCAACGCAGAUGUCAAUGAACCUCACACAAUGGCAACGCUGAGUAUCAUUGAUCUUGCUGGUAGUGAGCGUGCCAGUGCCACAAAGAACAGAGGUGAGAGGUUGUUCGAGGGUGCGAAUAUUAACAAAUCGCUCCUUGCAUUGGGUAGCUGUAUCAACGCCCUCUGUGACCCUCGGAAGCGAAACCAUGUUCCAUACAGAAAUUCGAAACUUACUCGGCUCUUGAAGUUUGCAUUGGGCGGCAAUUGCAAAACAGUGAUGAUUGUCUGUGUUAGCCCAUCCAGCCAGCAUUUCGAUGAGACCCAGAACACCUUACGUUAUGCCAACAGAGCGAAGAAUAUCCAAACUAAAGUUACAAGGAAUGUAUUCAAUGUCAACCGUCAUGUUAAGGACUUCCUGGUGAAGAUCGACGAACAAAUGAAUCUGAUUAACGAACUUAAAGCUCAACAGAAGGACCACGAGAGAAUCGCCUUUGCAAAGUUCAAGAAGCAGACUGAGAAGAAAGACGCAGUGGUCCGCGAAGGAAUCUCUCGUAUCCGGAAUGCUUAUGAACACUCAUUGCCUGAGAGGCAGGAAAGGACCGCCAACAUGAUCAAAUCAAGACAAAUUAGCCGCAGGAUCGGUAUGCUGUCUUCGUGGAUUGCUGCUUUUGACAGUGUAUGUGCAAAUUCCGAGCAUGAGGAGCCCUUAACGAAUCUCCAAGCCAUUCGCAAAACGGCACAAGGUGUUCUCCUUGAGUUGGAAAGUAGUAGACAGCACUACCACCAACGACUGUCUAGGAGCACUUGGGACAGAGGUAUAAACUCAGCAGUUGAGCACGCCGUUCGUCAACUCCAGGACUUUGGAAUCAACGAUAAUAGUGACCUUGCCAACCUUCAUCGCGAAGCAGAGCUCCUGAAAUCAAACACAGAGCGGGAUGCAUUUUCGGCAGUAGCAGAACAGGAGAAAGGGGGGGAAGCUGAAACCGUACAGCUGUUGCUCCAAGCUCAAUUUGAGGCCAUAUCUGCAAUUGAGGAUAUUAUGCAAAUGAGUGAAGAGGAAGCCGUUGAGACGGGCAAGAAUAUCCUUUCCAAGAUGCUCGACUCCUGCUCGACUGUAACAUCUAGUCUUGUGAAACCAGAUGGCAGCUUGCCGCCAGCUCAGACAUUCAGCCCGUUCAAGGCCAUGUCGCCUAAGCCGAAGAAAAGAGUGAGUCUUGCAGCACUCCCUGCUGGAAAGACUCUCGCUGCACCGAUCAGUUUGGCACCGGCAGCACCUGCCUCACCCGGCAAGGGAUCGCCCCGGCGCCGUCGGUUGGGUGUUGGCCGAAAGAGUGUCACAUUCUCGCCCAAGAAGUCUCAGGCCAAGUCAACGAAACGAAGCGUACGUUGGAAGGAUGACGAGCAAGACGGUUCUCUGGCCGAGUUUCAGAAGACACCGCAAAAGCCGCGGGCGCAACUUUUCCCCGAGGCCUCCAAGGCAGUCCCAACGAGCCCCCAUUGCCUAGAACGUCACCCUCCUUCGUAUGGUUCUUCGCCAGUCCCUGCCCCGCCGGAGCCAACGUUGCAUGUUCCAAAGAACAACCGAUUCAAAGCCGGCUUCCUCUCCAAGAAAACUAGCGGCUCACCAAUUGCGCCUCCUCCUUCGACCUCGCUCCCUGCCUCAGACGGUGAACAUUCUCCCCUCCGCAACAUCGAGAACAGCAGCUUUCUGAACCGCGCACCGAUUGACCGUCCCUCUAGAAUUGCGGUCCGUACUUCGAGUGGAAGCUACACCAGCAGCCCCGCAUCGGAUAACAAGGAAAGCUGGAAGGCAAACAAAGACGAUGCCAUGCGGAUCAGUUCGGCGAUGAGGCGCAUCUCCGGUGGACAUUUUGGUGCUGGUGCUUCUGCCAAUUCUCUUCGGGUUCAUCGUCGCCGGAGUCCGGGCUCUGCAACGUAUGGCAGCUCUCCACCCGAAAACACCAUGUUCACCGCGCAGGCAAGGAGAAUGGCCAAGGGUGAAAAGGAGCACGAGACCAAACCAGGAGUUUUGGGGCCCCGGAAUCUUCCCAUUAUGAAGAACACCGGACGACGGACUACUUUCGGAGGGGAUAUCCGGCCCCGAGACAUCAGUCUCACCAGCAGGGACGCUAUUCGACUCAGCGCUAUGGCAACCCCCAUUCUUCAAAGGCCACCCGAGAGCCUCUAUUCCAACUCUGGAGCAGGAUGGAGGUGA